AUCAGUGUGGAGCAGCUUUUACCCAACAAGGUAAUCUAAGGAGUCACCAACGUAUUCACACUGGAGAUAAACCGUUCAGAUGUGAUCUGUGUGGGGCAGCUUUUACCAGAUCAGGCAAUCUAAUGACUCACCGACGUAUUCACACUGGAGAUAAACCAUUCAGAUGUCAUCAGUGUGGAGUAGCUUUUACCACAUCAGGUGGUUUAAGGUACCACCAGCAUAUUCACACUGGAGAUAAACCGUUCAGAUGUGAUCAGUGUGGAGUAGCUUUUACCCAACAAGGUUAUCUAAAGAUUCACCAACGUAUUCACACUGGAGAUAAACCGUUCAGAUGUGAUCAGUGUGGAGCAGCUUUUACCAGACAAAGGGAUCUAAAGAUUCACCAACGUAUUCACACUGGAGAGAAACCAUUCAGAUGUGAUCAGUGUGGAGCAGCUUUUACCAGACAAAGUGAUCUAAAGAUUCACCAACGUAUUCACACUGGAGAUAAACCUUUCAGAUGUGAUCAGUGUGGAGCAGCUUUUACCCAACAAGGUACUCUAAGGAGUCACCAACGUAUUCACACUGGUGAUAAACCGUUCAGAUGUGAUCAGUGCGGAGCAGCUUUUACCAGAUCAAGUCACCUAAAGAGACACCAACGUAUUCACACUGGAGAUAAACCGUUCAGGUGUGAUCAGUGUGGAGCAGCUUUUACCACAUCAGGUGGUUUAAGGACCCACCAGCGUAUUCACACUGGAGAAAAACCAUUCAGAUGUGAUCAGUGUGGAGCAGCUUUUACCCAACAAAGUAAUCUAAAGAUUCACCAACGUAUUCACACUGGAGAUAAACCUUUCAGAUGUGAUCAGUGUGGAGCAGCUUUUACCCAACAAGGUACUCUAAGGAGUCACCAACGUAUUCACACUGGUGAUAAACCGUUCAGAUGUGAUCAGUGUGGGGCAGCUUUUACCACAUUAAGUCUCCUAAAGAUUCACCAACGUAUUCACACUGGAGAUAAACCAUUUAAAUGUGAUCAGUGUGGAGCAGCUUUUACCAGACAAAGUGAUCUAAAGAUUCACCAACGUAUUCACACUGGAGAUAAACCAUUCAGUUGUGAUCAGUGUGGGGCAGCUUUUACCACAUCAAGUUACCUCAAGAGACACCAACAUAUUCACACUGGAGAUAAACCGUUCAGAUGUGAUCAGUGUGGAGCAGCUUUUACCAGACAAAGUAACCUAAAGAGACACCAACGUAUUCACACUGGAGAUAAACCGUUCAGAUGUGAUCAGUGUGGAGCAGCUUUUACCCAACAAUGUCAUCUAAGGACUCACCAACGUAUUCACACUGGAGAUAAACUCUAAAGAUGUGAUCAGUAUGAAGUGUGGAAUUGCAAAAACCACCUCAGCACAGCAAAACAAAAGCAAAAUAAUCAAACAUCAUCAACCGGAGGGAAUGUCUUUUGGCUGAACUGGGCACGUCUCGGGAUCCCUCCAGAAGAGCUGGAGGAAAUG